CGCACCGCGUAGACGACGAAAAGAAAACAGGAAAACCGGUACUUAACCUCAAACGCGGAUCAAAUAAAUCAGUCGUCGUUGCAGCUUGAAUUUCAAUCACUUCAGUAUAUUGUCCGAAAGUGUCGUUGAAAUGGAGCUCGAUAGUGUGAAUAAGGAGAUUCUAGUGGACCUCGAGGAGAAAUACGUCAAGGUUCGAAAGCUGCUGGACGAGCACAGUAAAUUGGACCCGGAGAGUGAGCCGUACAAAAGUAAAUAUGCGGCAGCCGAUAUACUCAAGGAAAUGCAGAUUAAACUUGUGAAAAUAUUAGACGACAAUAUAACAGAACACGACAGAAAUAUUGUGACAGCAAUGCUUGCUGUUAUCUGGCUCAAUAUGGGGAUAAUUUCGGUCGACACGGAGGAAUUGGCAGCCGGUGAAGAGCAACUGACCAACUGCGUGGACCUUUUGAUUGACCGAGAACUGAGACCAGAGGCAAUAUUAGUUAUACUUAGUGCUCUGAAUCAGCUGGGAAUACUCUGGGCCCAGCGAGACAAUCCAAAAACAUCCCAGAAAUAUUUAGAAAAAGCUGAAAAAAUAUACAAGGAUUUUACUGCGAUUGAAAAAAGCGAUAGUACCAAACCCGUACUUAUGGCCGCAUUGUUCAAUCUGAAGGAUGAUGACGAUGACACAGACGCUGAGGAAAUAGUCGAACGACUCCACACUCUGACUCUCUACUACUUGGCGCAAAUCUAUGGAACCUUAAAGGAUCACCUCAAAUCCGCAGUCUACUGCCACAUGACUCUGAAACGUCAGUUGAACCACGAAGAUCUGGAUUGUGUAGACUGGGCCUUGAAUGCUGCGACUUUGUCCCAAUAUUUUAUGGAAAAGGGAGGGUUUAGGCAGGCCAAACAUCACUUGGCUGCAGCUUCAUAUAUUCUGCAAAAGUACGAGGAUGAGUUGAGAAGUUUGGACGAUACGGAGGAAGUGGUGGCAGCAAAAUGGGAAACGUUCAGACAUAGAAGCGCAGACGUCGCCAGGUGCUGGGCAAAAUAUGGGAUCCUGCUGUUGAGUACAUCCAAAGAAAGGCUGAUGCAUCAUGCCGAUGAUGAAACGAGCGAAAUGUGCUCGGAGAUAAGUAGGAUGCAGUUGGAUGAGAACUCGGGGGUCACUGAAGAAUGUAUCGAGAAUUUAAGAUUCACAAAGAUAGAGAAAGAAAUUGAAACUAUUGCAAAUCAACUGACAGACAAAUAUGCUUUGGACUUCAACGAUGCCAGGACGAUAUUUCUGAACUCCCAACAAUGGCUUGAUGAGGCAAAAAAGUAUUACACAUUGGAGAGUCAUGCGUCGGAUCACGUGCAAGUGAUACAAGACGUUUCGCAGCUCUUUAAAUUCUUGUCAUUCUUUGAAGAGGAUGAGGAUCGCCAAUCUAAAAUGCACAAGCGGCGGGUCGACGCCUUAGAAAAGAUUGUUACAGAGUUAAAUCCACAGUAUUACCAAACUGUGUGCAGGCAACUAUGGAUUGAACUGGGCGAAGUUUACUGCGAUAUUUUAGACAUUAAGCUUGAACGUCUGCAAGCGUCAAACGAAAGACCGACCGCCCAGGCACUAACUAAAAUCAAUAACCUUGCCAGGAGUGCGAUUGGAAACUUUCAGAAUUUUUUAGAUUCUCUGGUGGAUCCAGCCACUCACAAUUUCCCAGACAAAUUUUCCGAAGAUUUAGUUAGACCCGCCUUAUUUGCUUACUUUUUUUUGGGAAGAUUGUAUUAUAAAAUCAUAACACCUGACAAACAUGCACAGCUAGAAAAUCUUCGAAAUAGUUUGAAUGCCUACAAAGCGCUGAUUGGCUACUGUGAGAAGGAUGAAAAAGCUGCAGAAUUGAUGAGCGUGGAAUUGAGUGUCUGCAAAGACUUUGUUAAUCUUUUACCAUUGAAAAUAGAAAAAUUAACUAGAGAAUUGGUAUAAAUAUGAUGUCUUUAAGGCAAUAAAGAUUCAUAUUCAUUUCUUGCUUAAUACAGCUUUUUUUGCAAAACAUUAUUUUAAUAAGUUUGUAUUAUAAGUUAUUGAAACUAUAUAUUUUUUACGUAAUACUGAUAUUACUCUCUGUACCUAACAACUCAUUAAUCUCACGGCUUCAUCUGACUGUGUAAAUCUGAACAUAGGUACAGGCAGUAAAGUCGGUACUUAUAUUUCUGAAACUGAAAUAAAAAUACCAUGCUUUGUGCGUUUACAUCUUACAGUUUGAGCGUAUGGUGCUAGUAUCGAAUUAAUUAAUGGUUUCGUUACUUUUGUGCUAUUUCAGUACAGUACUCUCUAUACAACAUGAAAAAAUGCAAUAAAAUCCUAUCAUUCCGAAAGUGAAUUUUUUCUUCUACAUUGAUCAAGGAACUUUCUCCGACAAAGCGUAUUGCAAAAAAAAAAAAAAAAAACACAUGUUUGUAUUACGAUCUUUAAAUUAUUCGGGUAUUAUUAAUGUACCUGCACAUACUUUUUUCUCUUUGACGUGGAUUGACAAACUGAAACAAAAUUAUUUAUGAGUAUAAAGUAAUUUAUCAGUUAAUUAUAUUUAUCACAUAUAUUUAUUUUAUAUAUAAACCUUGUAAAUACCAAAGAUUGUGCGAAAUCAAUAAAUGCUUAUCACAAAUGCUAAUCAUUUAAAUUGAAAUUUACAUAAGAAUUAUAGAAGAGAUGAUAUUUUGUUGUCUCUUACAUAAUUUAUGAAAUUUUAUAUACUAGACGCAAAUAUAUUUUCAUUUAUAGCGUUUGGUAAAUCAUUGCUGACAAUAUUAUCGGUUCAACAAUCAUUGAAAAAUGGUCGGUAGAUUGAAUUUUAUUGGACCUUGUAAACGGCAGAGGCCCUGUUUAUAUGCAAAAUUAAGAUGUGUUCUUCGAUUAUAUCUGAAAAUAGAUGACUUGCUUGGGAUUUCAGAAAAAUUAAAUUUUAUACCAUUCACUCUCGACAUGAGCUGUUCAGUGAAACUUAAUACAAAAUUUAUUUCUUAUCGUUAAAUCAAGUCGAACUAGGAAUUCGUAUCUUUUCCAA